CAGCAGCAGCAGCAGCAAGAACAGCACAGCAGCAGCAGCAGAGCACAGAGGAUAGAUCGCGUCGUCGUUCACGCUAAAUUCGGGGCGUGUGCUAGGUUGGUCGGUCGGUUUCCCUAGCUGGUGUCCGUGGCUGGAAAUCGAGGAUGUAUCGGUGGCAGUGCGGUAUACGCGUCAUCGUCCCGUGACGGCGACGCGCGGCGAAGAGGUGGUGCGAGGCCGCCAGCACGGUGUGGGCAGGUCGCGGCCAUUUUUACCACACGAUGCGGCAACCGUGUGUGCUGCUCGUUCGAUCCGCCAUUCCAAACAAUCGGUGUGCUUCGUACCCUCUUAGGGUGCAUCCAGCGACGGUGGCUCGUCGGGACACCAGCCCGCGGCGAUAAUACGCGGCAGUUUACGUUCGAUCGGUGUAUUCAGUGUCGGUCAGAGGGUGACGGAACAGUUCGGCAAAGCCGGCAGUGCUGGUGGUGUGGUGGUGGAGUAGUCGAACGUCGUCGAGGACGACGACGUGGAGGAAGAGGAGAAAGAAACGAAGAAGAGGAGGAAGAGAAAAAGGAAGGAUGACGAGCAGCAAACCGACAAGGACAGGAACGAGAACGACGAUACUAAUAGCGAUCAUGGGGAAAAAGAAACGACUCGAACGGCCGAUAUAUUGGAGUACGAACGUAUCUGUUGGAGCGUGUCUGUGAUUUCUUCGUGAUUAUUGUGUUUUUUCUCGCCGGGUUCUCCUAGUGUUCUGUUCGUUCGUUCAUUCGUUCGCUGGUUGGUUGGAUGGUUCGUUCGUUCGUACGUACGUACGUACGGUGUCAGUGUCUUUCUGUCCAUCCCUCUCCGUUUCUCUCGACCGUGUGUCGCUCGGUCUCCGUCUGUCCGCCCUGCGUGCGUGUUUCGCGUGCCUCCUCGCCACGCACCGGACUCUCUCCUCUUCCUUCGGCAGCGCGAUCGAUGGUGACAUCGUGUGACUGCCUGUGAACGUCUUUUCGCUGGCAACAAUUUUCUCGGCGGUAUACCGUAUCGUCGGCAACGAACGCAUAACAAUAUCCCCCUACGAUUCCCGGAAAAGAAAAGAAAAGAAAGGAAAAGAAACGAGAGGUGGCCGGAACGACGACAACGACGACGACGACGACGACGACGGGGGCCCAGUGGUGUGGCAUGCGUGGCUGUGUGUCCCGUCGGUAAACGUCCCGUGAGAGUGUUGUAUAUCCGAAGGCAGUGUGUGCUCUCUUACUCGCGCUCCCCUGCUCCCCCCUCCUCCUCGCUCUGUUUGUCUCUCUCAGCCUAACGCUUCCAGCACCGCCACCACUCCUCCCCGCCUCUCUGUCUGUCUUAUUCACUUAUUCUCGUUUUCUCUCUUUUCCCACUACGUCGUCGUCCUUUUCUCUUCCUCCGUCUCUGUUACUCCGGUUCACUUGCUCCCUCCGUCGGUAUAUAAUCCGUUUCGCUCGCGCGCUCGUUCUUCCAAAGAAGCAUUAAAGAGGAGCGUAGUAGAAUGGUCGACGAUACCGCGACACGACCGUUGUCAUCGUUCUCGUGGUCGCGGUCGUGGUCAUCACCGUCCCCGGACCCAUCGUUUCUCACGGCCGCUACGAGCAUAGUGUCGUCGUGGAUACGGAACUGGUGAGGGUUCUCUCUCGGCGAGGCACAGACCCGCGGGCAAACUCGGCCCGACAGCCCACGUAACGAAGCGGCCGCCGCGCUGCCACGGCACGGGUGAAACACAGGGGCCGACGACGACGACGGACUGCCACGAGAUGGAGAUCGAGGCGAAGCAACGGAACCAGAGGAACCGGAGGCGAGAGCGAGCCCAGCGUAUGCUGGCGCAGAGGGAGAGCCUAGCCACCGCGAAGCAACAGCACCAGCAACAACAGCAGCAGCAACAGCAACAGACCAGGCAACGACCGGCCAACAACGACGAGGAGGACAGCCACAGCGGCGAGGACGAGGAACCCGCCACCGGACUCGGUCUCGGGCUCGCCAGGACCGGUCAUCCGCGUGACAGCCAUUCCCGACCGCCCAGACCACCGCGACCCCCGAGGCCUCGCAAGAAGUCUUCCCUCGCGGCUGCCAACCAGAAGGAGCCUCCCUUCGAGGAGGACAUUAUCGACGGCUUUGCCAUACUCGCCUUCCGCACCUACGAGGAACUCGAGAGUGCAAUAAAGCUAGCUGGUAAAAAUAAUGUCAAGAAGCUGCAUACGCUGCUGUCAAUAGUAGAAGAGAAGCCAAAAGUGGACACAGGACAAAAUAAUAGACACAACGAGCAUCACAUCAAAAAUCACUUCAAGCACAACCAUUAUACACACAAUUCCAUACUGACACCUUCGACGCUUAACCAGGGCCUAGAUGCAGGUACAAGCGACGAUAGUGGUAGAGCAUCUGAACAACUGCACGGCCCUGGUAUACCUAGGGAUUGCCAGGACGCAGACAGUUCCAGGGACCACCUCAGCGAUGCUAGCAGUCAUUGCAGUUCGGGUAAAGGUUAUAUCUGUGAUAGUGAAGGAGAAGACGAUAAGGGCUCGGAUGCUGAAUCGAUACUCUUUGAAUCUUCUACCCCACCACCCCUUGCACGUAAAUACGAGUUGCCAUCAUCUUCACCACACGUAUUGCCUCCAGCAAACGGGGCCGGAGGUUCUCCUCCAGACACUGGCGGACAAAUUUCCAACCCAGCAACGGAUGCUCCAGCACCAAUACCACCACCUGUGCCUGCAUCUGCACCAGUACCUACAGCGCCAAGUCCUCCCAGCCCUACUCUGCCCCCUCACAUAUCCCAGCCACCUAUGACUAGUCCACUGGCAGCGAACCCACGUGCAAUAGCUCCGCAGCAGCGACCAGCUUCCCCAGCUCUGCCACCUCCAUCCUUGUCUCAACAGCCUCAUACUACGAUACCUGCGUUACACACACCUAAUGUGCCCCUCGUUUCGUCGAGUCAUACAACUAGUCCUGCGGUAGCCAGUUUAGGUGUCACCCCAGCAGCACCGUCAAACGGAGCAACCACCACCAGCUAUCCACCGUCGAUACCCAUGGCCGCUUAUCCCCAAACUCAACCAUCUUAUCCGCCUCUUUAUACACCAUACACUGCUCUAAACCACAGCCCAUACCUUCCACCCGCGGUACCUUCUCCCUCCCAUUCUGCAUCAUCACGGGCAGAAGUGAGAGGUAGUAGAGCUUCCCCGUGUACUAAUAUAAGUAAACAGCCUGUAGGAAAUAAUACCACAAACCAUAAUACUCCCCUGAGCGCUGCCACCACGACAUGCGUAUCCACGAUAACCAACACAGUCACUACGGCGAACACCAUUGCUCAUAGAGACAUGGUAGCCUGUAGCAUAACUGGAAGAAACAAUAACUCGCCUCGCGGACACAGCCCGAGCCGGGAAAGGGAUAGUUACAGCAGCAACGUGAGUAGCCUAAGUCGAGGUAGCAUAACACCAGUGAGUGUGCCAAACACAUCUUCUCCAGCGAAUUCUAGUCUACCUGCUUACUCCAAGCCACAAGGAUGGAUUGGCAGCAGCACAACUUCGCAACUUUCCCCGGCAACAGCGACAUCAGUUCCAAGACCAACUCCUCCACCGGUACCUUUAGGCAUGCACACGUUUCCACCACCAAUGUUCGCCGCACCGUUACCACCCCCUGUCUCCAGUUCCAGUCCACAUACGUCAUUGCCUUCGCUACCACCACCAACGACCAAUCCCAAUCCGUUCUCGGCAGAGUCGCUCUUUCAAACAAGGGUGACUCAUGUCGCAGGUCAAGCAGACCUGUUAAGGCGAGAGCUUGAUAGCAGGUUUUUGGCAUCACAAGAUAGAAACGUUGCAGUUGGCAAUUUGGGCCCACCACCGUACCUUAGGACAGAGAUGCACCACCAUCAACAUCAACAUACUCAUGUACAUCAGCACACGACACCUUUACUUCCACCAACGGCAGCUACAACCUUGUUUCCACCUCCAAUUUUUAAGGAUAUCCCCAAACUGGGAGGAGUUGAGUCACCAUUUUUUCGUGGCAAUUUAAAUCUCUCCGGUUACUCUGGUUUCAACACCGGACUCUUGCAUCCAGGUAUUGGGCCGCCUUCAACACCCUUCGUUGCACCGAAUCAUUUAACAUCGUUUGCACCGAAGAAAAGUGGAAAAUGGAAUGCAAUGCAUGUGCGUAUUGCUUGGGAAAUUUAUCAUCAUCAGCAGAAACAACAAGCAGAAUCAAAGGCUGGAGGAGUUGUUAGUACCAAAACGGAACUACUUAGACCGCCAGGUCAUCUUUAUCCAGGAGGGCCAGGAAGUGGUCUGGGAAUUGGAGCGCCACCAAUGGCACCUCCAUUCCCCACAAACAUGCCUCCUGCCCAUCCUGCACCACCGCCACCACAUCCUGGUUUCCUAUCUACGCCAGCGUCGCAUUUAGGAACAGGAAUGUCGCCAUUCGGCAGAUAUCCGUCAACGUUUGGCGCGCCGAAUCCUAAUUUUCCAGGUCUUUCUAGCUUCCCUCCUUCAAGAGAAAUGCCGCCGUUGGGAGGACUUGGUUCUGUUCACGAUCCAUGGAGGGGAUUGCAACGAGCCUCAACCGGAUUUCCGCCGACCACCGUUGCCUGGAGUCUAAAGCCGGAACCUCCAGCGAUUGACAGACGAGCCGAACUCGAGGAGCGAGAACGCGAGCGUGAACGGGAACGGGAGCGAGAGCGGGAGCGUGAACGCGAACGAGAGCGCGAACGCGAACGUGAACGUUUGAGACGCGAGAAAGAACGGGAGCGUGAACGGGAACGUGAGGAGCAGCGCGAGCGCGAGCGACGUGAACGCGAAAAGGAAGAAAAGAGGAAACAGCAGGAAGCUGCCGAGAGAGAACGAGAGAGGCGAGAUAAGGAGCGUCGCGAAAUGGAGAGACGUGAGAUGGAGCGAGAAAGAUUGUUGCAUCAGAAUCGGCAACACGUGGUCGUAGGACGAGAUAGAUCGCCUUUGAGGAACGGGUCAGGACCGAUGGAUACCGGUGAAGUCCGCGUGAAGGAGGAACCGCGAAGCAAAGACGACGAAGUCGUAAUGCUUCCAAGACAACCGGGCCCUGGUCCUGGAGCGCCACCCACACAAGGACCUGGUCCUAGUCCACUGCCUGAUGCGAGGUACCAUCAUCCUCAUCCACACUCGUACCUGGCCAGACAUCCGCACAGUAUGCCAGCGCCCCAUUCCAUGCCACGAAGCAUGCUUCCCGGCUUAGGUGCGCACCCGAUGCAGCAUUUUCCACCACCGUCAGCACCCACUGGCCAACCUGGAGGUCCUUGGCCUGGCGAUCCUUUCAGGGAUUACCGCUACGAUCCUCUUCAACAGCUACGGUAUAACCCAUUGAUGGCUGCUGCGUAUCGGGCAGAGGAAGAAGAAAGAGCCAAGCAACUGUACGGCGGAUAUCCCCCACCACCUGUAAAUUCUCUUAGGAGCAAGGACCCUAGUCCCGGCCCAUUGAGUAAUCUACACAUGCAUCAUAGAGCCGGCCCUGGGCCUGGAGUACCAACGAGACAAUUGGAGCCUGCUCUGAUGCACGCGGACAUACACAAAAAGGAGGAUGCGUCCCAAUCCCGAUGAUACAUCCUCCCCGCGUCCUCGACUUCUGCGAGCGAACAACGCGCCAACGGGUCUGCGUUCUGAGCAUUUCCAUGAAGUCUCUCCGGGCCCUCGGUGCUGAUAUUUUGCUAAAGGAGAAGAGGCGUUAUUUAAAAGAAAAUUGUACAUAGGUUAUAUAAUAUUUAUAGUUAUCGAUGAAAGUGAUCGAAGCGAACUGUAAUAUUGUGAGGAUAGGACGUUCGCCGAUAGUCUCGUAUUCUCGAGAGAAGGGCCGUUUAACGAAGAUGCCUUGUUUCGCAAUCUGUAGAUGGUCUACGGUAACUGCGGAUGUACGAAGGAGAGACGGUCAUGUCGACAAAUGUGGCUGUCCUAGAAGGCAUUGAUCUCGCGAAUGUGUUACAAAGAAAAUGACAAUGACGAUUAUAUUAUUGUGAUUCUCUGCAAGUUUCGGGGAUCUGACUGUUCAUAGCGAUAUAUAGACUUUAAUCAAUACGAGUAAACUAUGCGUACAGUUUAAAUAAGGAAAACAAAAAAGGUAACGUGUGUAAUAUUAUAGAUAUUGUAGAAUGCGAGACGAUGCUACGUAACAGAAAAAAAAAAUAAUGAAAUCCAAGUUAAGAGGAAAAAAAGUUAUGCGGAUCUCUUACCAUUACUCAAAAGUUAUUUAAUUAUUUAUUUAUUACGACGUAUAAACGAAUCUCUGCUAAUGACGUACGGAUACGAUCGUAAAAGGAACACAACAAAGAGUAAAUUUCCCUAAUUCAAUCGAUAUAAUAUAAACGAACAUUAUGUGUGAAUUUUCGUUUCACUUUGAUGAUAGAUUUUUCAUUUGUACUGUAGCGAAUGAUAGAUGAACCGAGAGGGCAAACAGGUAUCACUGGCUUUUGGCAGCACAGGCUUGUUCCCCUGCCCGAACCCCCCCUUUCUCCUAAUUCCCCAAUCAUUUGCAUGGAGACUAGAAUUGCACUCUGGUGCUUUCCUGUGAUAUAAAAAAAAUAUGUAAGAUUGUUCAGAAGCAUUGCAAUUGCUUUUUUCAUUGUAAUUUGUAAAAAAAAGAUAAAUGGCAUAAAUCAAAUUUUUUGAACAAAUUAUAUGAACGGGUUUCACUGGAGUUGUUAGUUGAAAAAACAAACAUAAUUGUAUUUACUGGAAAAUAUGAGAUAUGCGAGUAAACAAAUGCAUAAGCAGUUUGUCCGUGCCAAAGUGCUUAAAUCAAAAAUCACAUUUACAGCAACGUAGAAAAAUUGCAAUCAACAAUUUGUUUUUCAUUUUAUCAAAAGAAAACUGAGAACAGUUUUGCAUUCUUGUUUAUUGUCCUCUCAAUUGUCAGCCAUAUGUAGUAUAUUUGUAUAUGUAUAUACUAUAUAUUUAUACAUAUAUACAUAUACAUCGUUAUGUUACCAGAGAGCCAAUUCGAGAUCUCUCACGAAAGGAAAUGAAAACUAUGGAAAAGUAAACCAUAUUCGUGCCAUGGACCAGGUCAGAAUUCGAGAAAUCCUGGUACCUCGACAAAAAUACUUAUGUCAAGCGAUCAGGCUCUUGAACUUUGUUUCGUUUAUACUGUAAAGUCACUAUACAAGUGUAUAUUAUUAUAUAAUUAAUGACCAUACGCAAUUUAAAAAUUGUAGAUAUUUUUCAUCGAUGCAAAUAAUUGCAAUGUGAUGCAAUGAUUCUGUUCUUGUAGAUAUCGCGAACUAUAAAAGAGGAUUUUGUGUGAAUAGGUUUUUUCUAAAAUUGAUUCUUUGUAAAAGGGUCUAAUAAUCAUAGUUUCUAUCAAA